AUGACCAAGCACUCAAAGUCACCCACUGCCGCCUACAAGGCAAGUGGCGGUUUCGAGACCUCCACAGGCACCCUCUACGUCUCAAAGCCUUAUCGUUCAAAGGCCUCCAAGAAACUCAGGGCCCUCAUCACUUUCGCCCCCCGCAAGUCCACCUUUGACAUCACCAAUGACAGAUCCUCUUCAAAUGAGUUCCGCACCUAUGUGCGCAGCAUCGAGACCAACGGUCAUGCCCUCAAUCUUCAUUUCGCGACCAUGUUCUCUCAAGAUGCCGUCACUCUAGCCCUCAGUGAUGCUGUUCUCGUCCUGAGCACCGGAAUAUGCGUCCCUUUUGCCAAAGCAUUAAAGCGUGGCUGGAUACGCUACUACUGGACCGGGGUUAUUCUGCAACACCUGCUACAAACCACCAUUUUGUUCACUGCCAUAUACUGGACCUUUAACAGAGAUUGGCCAUGGGUCCAGUCGGGAUAUCUCACUUUACAUUCACUGGUCAUGAUUAUGAAAAUGCACUCGUACAUCACAGUCAACGGUCAACUUCACAGCGUCUCCGAGCAGGCCAACGACCUUCUCGCGUCUAUGCGCACCGCGACCAAAGCCGUCGGUGGUUGGGAGGAAGCCAUGGCAGUAGCUCAAGCGAAGCAAAGAGAACUCGAAGCCCCUCAGAACUCGUCGUCUAGCCAACUAUCUACGCCCCCCAAUGGGAACAGUAGCACCAGUGAAUCCACGCCAAACGGCACUCCUGACGUCCCGGAAGGCAUGUCCACAUCCUAUGUCGACGUUAAGACUGCAAACGCGCUCAGGAAGCGACUUGCCGCCGUCGCAGCGCAAUCGCAGAGCGCGCCCCAAGACAGCGAUGUUGGUGUGCGCACAGUACAUAACCUUAACAAGGAUUCCUCUCCCCUGAAAGACGCGUCUAUCAACGGAACAUCAACAUUUAUCGUCGAGGCAGACGACCUUCCUGAAGGUCUCCAUCCUCAUCCUCUAGUCUACCAUCCAGACCCCCAGAUUUCCGAUAUGGCCAAGGAUUACUCGGAGCUGCAAAGCGAGCUUCUUAGCUCUGGACCCACAUAUGUCAGGUGGCCGGAUAAUAUUACCUGGAAGAACUUUGCUGUUUACCAGCUUAUUCCAACCCUGGUUUAUGAACUCGAGUACCCUCGAACCGACCGAAUACGGCCUUUGUAUGUCUUUGAGAAAACUGUCGCCACGUUUGGAACCUUUGCCCUGCUUUACACAGUUACAGAGAGCUUUAUUCUGCCCUACACUCCCAGAGCAGACCAAUCAUUCCUGAGAUCUCUGCUGGAUCUCGCUCUUCCAUUCAUGAUAGCAUAUAUUCUCCUUUUCUUCAUUAUUUUUGAAUGCAUAUGUAAUGGAUUUGCUGAACUUUCUUACUUCGCUGACAGACAGUUCUAUGAGGACUGGUCUGUUUUAACAUUGCACAGGUGGAACUCUACAUCUUGGGACGAAUUCUCCCGCAAAUGGAAUAAACCAGUGCAUACUUUCCUGCUCCGACAUGUAUACGCUGCGACGAUUAUGAGCUACCGGUUCUCAAGAUCUACUGCGAUGUUUGUGACCUUCUUGCUUAGCGCUUGUGCGCAUGAGCUCGUCAUGGUGGUUGUGACACGCAAAGUCAGAAUGUAUCUCUUCACGCUGCAGCUGAUCCAAAUCCCGCUUAUCGUCAUUGGACGUACGCCUGCGAUCAAGCGCAACAAGCUUAUGGGCAACGUCGUGUUCUGGCUAGGUCUCUACGCCGGGUUCCCGCUCCUCUGUGUUGCCUAUGUGGCGUAUUGA